AUGGGAAACAACAAUGUCUGCUUAGGAGAAAUACAAAACAAUCCAACUCGCCAAGGAUCUCCAGACACCAAAUGGAGAAGAGAAGAUCUAAAAUCAGGCUCCUGUGUCCAAUCAUUAAUGGACAAGGAAAAUGCUAAUUUUUUUAAGAUGGUUCAAUGUGGACCCGCAAUCCCUCAUUAUAAGAACGAACAUUCAGCCUAAAGAUGGGCCCAAGCCAUUGCCACCUUGAAUUAUGUCGAUGACAUCCAAACCACCAUCAAUCUAUUAUGCAAUAAACCAGAAUUCGAAGAACUAGUGCUUCUGGGACCCCCCAAAUAAUAUAGAUGGGCCACUUGGAAUGCACUUCUUACUAAUGGACAAAUCCAAUUGUCCUAUGAGAAAUACUUGGAAUACAAGCCUUUGGAUGUCAAAAGCAUUCUAAAAGAUAUUGAUAGAACUCUGGUCAAUCAUGCUCUAUUCAAACAUGAGAGUUGUGGCCAAGAACAACUCAAGCGAAUUCUAUGUGCCAUAUCAAAUGCAUUGCCAGGAGUGGGUUAUUGUUAAGGAAUGAACUUUGUCUGUGCUUUGGCAUUGAUAGUGUCUGGCUGUGAUGAACACAAGACUUUCCAAUGCUUUAUGUAAAUGCUAACCAAUGAAAAACAUUUACUAUGCUUUAACUUUUGUCAUGAUAUGCCACUACAUUUCUUUUUCAUUAAAUUGAUACAUCAUCUAAUUCGUAAGAAGUUUCCAAAACUGAAACUAAAAGAUGUGAAUGAUUCACUCUGGAUUAGCAAAAUGAUUUUAUCACUGUUCAUAUAUGUGUUCAAGUUAGAUGAUUGCAUUAGAUGCUGGGAUUAUCUGAUGGUAAGGGGAAUGAUUCGAGGCAUUCCUGAAUUAAUAUUAGGUUUCAUUGAUGUGACAUACAAACAAUUAGAAUAGUUUAAGGAGGAGGAUUAUGGAUUUAAUUUUUAAGGUCACGAAAGUAGCAUAUUAUAAUUCAAUGUUGGUGAAUUGAUUUACGCAGCAAAACAGAAACACACUAUUGAUAGGUAGUUGAUCUCAAGAUUGGCUAUGAAGAUGAGGAAAAGCAAACCAUCAUAACUAUUAGACUUGCUGUCUCAUUUCGAAAACAUCUAAACCUACAGAAAACAUGUUUAAUUUUAUAUGAAGACCAUAUUUGAUUUAUACUGA